AUGGAAUACUUUAGAGACUCGUCAGAGAUGAUGAUGGAGAAUAAGCGUAGUGUCUACUCUCUUGAAGAAAGCAACAUUAAACGACACAAGUCCGGUCUCUCCUCUUUCUCUUCCAAGGAGAGGAAAGAUAAGGUUGGAGAACGUAUUUCAGCUCUUCAACAGCUAGUUUCCCCUUAUGGAAAGACCGACACUGCAUCAGUUCUUCUAGAGGCUAUGCAAUACAUUCAGUUUCUUCAAGAACAAGUCAAGGUUCUAAGCGCUCCAUAUCUACAAACAACGAACAUUAUCAACGAGGAGGAGCUAGAUGAGUACAGCCUUAGAAGCAGAGGUUUAUGUCUUUUUCCAAUGGAGUAUGCAUUAGGGGUUGCUCAAACCAAUGGUGCUGAUAUUUGGACUCCUGUGAAAACUCCAACUUGUCCUCCUGCAUUUAAUCUCAAGUAUGAUUCUUCUUCGCCUUUUCGAUGA